AUGGCCCUGCGGGGCGCCGAGGGGCCGGCGGACGGGCGGCGCUCCCCUAGCCGGGGUGGCCCGGCGUCCUCGGGGCUGUGGGCAGCGCUCUGCGACCACGAGGCGCGCGGGCAGGUGGACGUGCGCUCCGGGGACACGGGCGCGGCGCCGGGCGACCCCGAGGAGCAGAGGAGCCGCCGGGGGCCGCGGUGCCUGGGCCUCUCCCCCGCCGGGUCGGCGGCGCCGUGCCGCCCGCCCUCGCCCGCGCCGCGGCCCGGCUCCCCGGUGCACGUGGACUUCGAGCUGCUGGAGCUGAAGGAGCUGAUCGGCGCGGGCGGCUUCGGGCAGGUGUACCGCGCCACGUGGCAGGGCCAGGAGGUGGCGGUGAAGGCGGCGCGCGGGGACCCCGAGCAGGACGCGGCGGCGGCGGUGGAGAGCGUGCGGCGCGAGGCGCGGCUCUUCGCCAGGCUGCGGCACCCCAACAUCCUGGAGCUGCGGGCCGUGUGCCUGCGGCCCCCGCACCUCUGCCUCGUGCUGGAGUUCGCGCGCGGCGGGGCGCUCAACCGCGCGCUGGCCGCCGCCGCCCCCGGGCCCGGCCCCGGGCCGCGCCGCAUCCCCCCGCGCGUGCUCGUCAACUGGGCGGUGCAGAUCGCGCGCGGCAUGCUCUACCUGCACGAGGAGGCCGCCGUGCCCAUCCUGCACCGCGACCUCAAGUCCAGCAACGUCUUGCUGCUGGAGAAGAUCGAGCACGAUGACGUCUGUAACAAGACCCUGAAGAUCACGGACUUCGGGCUGGCACGGGAGUGGUGCAGGACCACCAGGAUGAGCGCCGCGGGCACCUACGCCUGGAUGGCCCCCGAGGUCAUCCGGUCCUGCCUGUUCUCCAAGGGCAGCGAUAUCUGGAGCUAUGGCGUGCUGCUGUGGGAGCUGCUCACGGGCGAGGUGCCCUACCGCGGCAUCGACGGGCUGGCCGUGGCCUACGGGGUGGCCGUCAACAAGCUCACGUUGCCCAUCCCGUCCACCUGCCCCGAGCCGUUUGCCAAGCUUAUGAAAGAAUGCUGGGAGCCCGACCCUCACGUCCGCCCCUCGUUUGCCUUCAUUCUUCAACAGCUGACUGCGAUCGAGCAGGCUGUGCUGACAGAGAUGCCCCAGGAGUCCUUCCAUUCCAUGCAGGAUGACUGGAAACAGGAAAUCCAACAGAUGUUCAGUGAGCUGAGGACCAAGGAGAAGGAGCUGCGGUCCCGGGAAGAGGAGCUGACCCGAGCCGCGCUGCAGCAGAAGUCCCAGGAGGAGCUGCUCCGGCGCCGGGAGCAGCAGCUGGCCGAGCGAGAGAUCGACGUGCUGGAGCGCGAGCUCAACAUCCUCAUCUUCCAGCUCAGCCAGGAGGAGCUGCACAUGAGGAAGAGGAAGGGCAAGUUCAGGAGAGGCCGGCGGAAGUUCAAAGACGGACACCGGAUCAGCCUGCCUUCUGAUUUCCAGCACAAGAUCACAGUGCAGGCCUCCCCAAGCCUGGGCAAGCGCCGCAGCUCGGACAGCAGGCUCUCCAGCCCGCCCAGCAGCCCCGCGAUGCUCCCGCGCCUCCGAGCCAUCCAGCUGACCUCAGAUGAAAGCAAUAAAACUUGGGGCAGGAACACAGUCUUUCGACAAGAAGACUUUGAAGAUGCGAAAAGAAACUUCAAGAAAAAAGGUUGUACGUGGGGACCAAACUCCAUGCAAGUAAAAGAAAGAGCGACUAGCCGAGAGCGGGUAAGGCCUCUCUCAGAUGGCAACAGUCCUUGGUCAUCUCUCUUCAUAAAGACUCAGAAAACCUUGCCCUUGGCCUCAUUAUUUGUGGACCAGCCAGGAGCCGGUGACGAGCUUAAACUUGUCCCUGACGGACCAGAACACAGGAAACCACAGCAAAUAAAGCUCCCGGGUCAGGCCUACGUCGAUCUACCUCUUGGCAGAGAUGGCCAGAGGGAGAGCCUAGGCGAUGCUGAGGGCCAGGAGGAGCGGCCUUCUGCAGGCUCCCCUCAGGAAGCCCCAGCGACUAGCCCAGGGGCACCCCCACAGAGGAAGAGAACUGAGUCAGCCUUGUAUGGGUGUGGGGUGCUGCUGGCCUCCGUAGCUUUGGGACUGGACAUCAGGGAACUGCAUGGCACCUGGGUGCCGGAAAAGUCAUCACCCAAGGAGAGGCAGCAGAAGGACACCCUCCAGUGGACCUCCUGGCCUCGAGCAGGUUCCACUCCUCCUCUGAGGUCACUGUCCACCAACGGAGUGCGCAGCAGUGUCCUCGACCCCUGUCAUCUGUUGUCAGAUGACACAAGACUUCCCUCAAAGGACUCUCUUUCCUCAAGGUGCUUGUUGCAGGUGGAUGGAGAUCAGCUGUCCGUGGAGAGCCCCUGGAUCUCUUGUGACUUGGACAGUCCCACUCCAGGGAGCAGCCACAAGCCUGUCCCUGUGCCAAGGCCUGAGACUGACCACAGUGUGUUGAGAGACCUGGCUCCUUCCUUGUUGGAGUGCUUGGGUGGGGAUGCAUCUGCCUGCAAAGCACCCCAUCCCAGAUGGUCAGCGGCGGAUGGAAGUCCUUUCUAGUCUCCAAGUGGGUGGUGCUAGAUGCGGAAAAGAACCGGGCACCACGGGGGUUGGGGCUGGGCAUCGGGUCGGGUUAGUGUUUGUCUAGCCCGCAGGAACCCCUAGGCUUGCUCUCCGGUGUCACGUGAACCAGGCGUGUGGGCGCAUGCCUGUAGUCAUUGCGUCUGGGAAGCGGAGGCAAAGGGUUGUAAAUUCAAGUUCGUUCUCAGCUACCAGGUGAUUCCCUGUCCAGCUUGAGCUACUUAAGACCCAAAAUAAAGCAAAACACCACCAGGAUGGGAACGGCAUGGCCAUGCAAGCUGUCUUCUCCUGAUGAAUUCAUUUGCUAUCA